CUCUGUCUCUCCUCACACUCACGGCAUCCUCAUUUUUCCGCUCACGUCUAGUAAGUUCACCUGCUCUCCCUUUCUUGUCCUUCAUCCUCCUCUUUGUGGGCUAUUUCAGUGGACUCUGUGUGUUCUUAUGGACUAUCAUUCGCUUCCUCCCAACUUGGUCUGAGCAACAGGGGGGCUUUCCAGGCACCAGCACUCCCUCUCUCGGUUUUCAUCCCCCUCACUGGGGGAGGGGGGGGGACUAAGUGUGGGGGUGUAUAGCACCUCCUGGGGCAGUGUGGGGGUAAUACGGAGGCGGAUAGGUGUGGAGGGAGUAGGAGUGUUGAGGAUGGUAAUGCCGGCCCGUGGCUCUCCCUUCUUCCUGCUGCUACUGCUUCUCUGUAGGCUGUGUGUCUCAGGGGCACAGCCCUGCUUCCUCUUCUCGUCAUGAGCCUUGCAGCAAGGGUCUCCUGCUCUGUGCUCAACUGCUUUGGUGAAGAAGGACCCCCCAGUCUGGAGUAUAUCCAGGCCAAGGACUUGUUCCCUCCGAAAGAGCUGGUCAAGGAGGACGACAGCCUCCAGGUGCCGUUCCCAGCUCUGCAGGGGGAAGGGGUGGAGUAUCUAGGCCGAGCCGAUGACACCAUCAUCGCCAUCUCCAACUACAGGCUCCACAUCAAGUUUAAGGACUCCAUUAUAAAUACCUAUCAAGGUGUGGACAAUCAUAUUUCUGUGCCGCUGAGGCUCAUAGAGAAUGUGGAGAGCAGAGACAUGUUCCAACUGCACAUAAUCUGCAAGGACUCCAAAGUCGUCAGAUGCCAUUUCUCGACAUUCAAGCAGUGCCAGGAGUGGCUGAAGCGUCUGAACCGGGCCGUAGCCCACCCUGGCAGGCUGGAGGAUCUGUUUGCCUUGGCCUACCACGCCUGGUGUCUGGGGGGCAGCGCAGACGAUGAGGACCAGCACCUACACCUCUGUAGACCAGGUGAUCAUGUCCGUCAGAGGCAGGAGAUGGAGGUGAGGAGGAUGGGCUUCGACAUGCAAAAUGCCUGGAGAGUGUCUGACAUCAACCUCAACUACAAGUUGUGCUCCAGCUACCCCCAGAAGCUGCUGGUGCCAGUGUGGAUCACAGACAAGGAGCUGGAGAGUGUCGGCUCCUUCAGGUCCUCCAAGAGGAUCCCUGUGGUGGUCUACAGGCACCAGAGGAAUGGGGCAGUGAUCGCCCGUUGCAGCCAGCCAGAGAUCAGCUGGUGGGGCUGGAGAAACACAGAGGAUGAAUACUUGGUCACCUCCAUCGCUAAGGCCUGUCUGAUGGACCCAGGGGCCAGGGUCACCUGUGGGGCCGCAGCCUGCAGCCGGCCCCGAGGGGAGGGCCCAGACAGCUCCGACGGCGACUUUGACUCCUCUCUGACAGGAUGUUCAGGCCCUGAUGCCAACUCUGCGCCACAGAAGCUUCUCAUUCUCGACGCCCGCUCCUAUACCGCUGCAGUGGCCAACCGCGCCAAGGGAGGUGGCUGCGAGUGUGAAGAGUACUACCCUAACUGUGAGGUGAUGUUCAUGGGCAUGGCCAACAUCCACUCCAUUAGGAACAGCUUCCAGUCCCUCCGAACAGUCUGUAGCCAGAUCCCUGACCCUGGGAACUGGCUUUCUGCUCUGGAGAGCACCCGUUGGCUGCAGCACCUAUCCGUCAUGCUGAAGGCUGCCACUCUAGUGUGCUCUGCGGUGGAAAGGGAGGGACGUCCUGUCCUGGUGCAUUGUUCAGACGGGUGGGACCGCACCCCACAGAUUGUGGCUCUUGCCAAGAUCUUGCUGGACCCCUUCUAUAGGACACUAGAGGGUUUCCAGGUACUGGUGGAGACAGAGUGGUUGGACUACGGUCAUAAGUUUGGCGAUCGCUGCGGUCACCAGGAGAGUGCUGAGGAUGUGAGUGAGCAGUGUCCUGUCUUCCUACAGUGGCUAGACUGUGUUCACCAGCUGCUCAAACAGUUCCCCUGCUUCUUCGAGUUCAACGAGGCAUUCUUGGUCAAGCUGGUUCAGCACACAUACUCGUGCCUGUACGGGACGUUCCUGUGUAACAACGGGCGGGAGAGAGAGGCCCGCAACAUCUACAAACGCACCUGCUCCAUCUGGUCUCUGCUCCGCACCGGCAACAAGAACUUCCAGAACUUCCUUUAUAUUCCCUGUCAUGAGAUGGUGCUGCAGCCGGUGUGCCACACCCGGGCCCUGCAGCUGUGGACGGCCGUCUACUUGCCCACCUCCUCCCCCUGCACCGCUGCCGAGGACGCCAUGGAGCUCUACCUGUGCCCCUGCGCACAGGGAGAUGAGCUCACCUCACAAUCUCUCGACAGGCUUCCUAAGUCUCGCUCCAUGGACAACCUGGUGUCGGCCUGUGAGAACGGGAUGGCCCUCACCCGCACCUCCAGCGACCCCAACCUCAACAAGCACUGCCAGGAGGGCCGUACUGCCCAUGGCUUGGAGCCUAUGGCUGCUAUAGGAAGAGGGGCUGAACCCGAUAGCCCCGAGGACGUCAGCCCUGACACGGGAUUGGACGACAAUGACUCGGAGGUGGAGCCUGUCACUCCGACUCCUCCUACCACACCCUUGGAGAUGGAGCCAAGGGAAGAGGGCUUUGAGGAGGAGGAGUUGAGAGAGGAGAUUUGUCUGACGACACAACCUCUGCCCUACCUGCCCCUCCCCCCCGUCACUCUGGAGAAGGGCUUCCCCCACCCCACCACUCUCCCCCUGCCCACACCCAUUCUCCUCCAUUCCCUCCCCCAGACCACCAGCCCCCAUUGCCCUCCACCUCCCUUGCCACAACAGGCGGCUGACAGCCGCUACAGGACUGCUGAGGUCACUACCCACCCUGCCCGGGCAGCAGAAGCAUGCCUACCUUCCCCACCUGCUUGGAAGGGCCCACUACCGGCAGCUGUUCUGAAUGGGCCUAUCACCAAUGGCCUCCAGAACAGCCACUCAGUGUCUGCAGAGCUGCCGGCCCUCGAGCAGCUAGUUACUCUAUUCUCUAUGGCCAUGGAAGACUCCACAGAGACCCUCACAGACAAAGCAGAGGCCCCACCAACACUGCCCCAGAGCAGGAGAGAAAGUCUGUGCCAGACCCAGGCCCCAGAGUGGGCCUUACCCCAGGCCCAGACCCAGGCCCAGGCCCAGGGAGUGGAGAGAGAAGGGAAGAGGACAGAGAUUGUAAGUGGUAGAGAGCUGGUGCCUCUGAGAGAAUGUGUAGUAGCAGUACCAACAGUAGCAAUGGCCUCCGCAUCUACAGUGCCCCCUGUUGACAACAGCCAGGUAGUGGCAGUGCGACACCCGGUCUCCCAGAGCCAACUGAGUGUCAGUGAGGAGCUGUCUCUCCUGGGCUCCCACUGGGAGAGUGUCCAGGGCCUGGUCCAGUCUGGCCUCCCAGCCAAUCUCUCCUCAGGUCUCUGUCGGGCCCUCCAGCCCACCGCCUACCAGAGUCGACGCCUGGCUGGCAAGCUGCUCCGUGCCCAGGGCAUAGCCGUGUCCAACGGGUUGCCUAACGGGGGUUCGCAGUGCUGCCGCAGGGAGAAGGAGGAAAGGGUCCGUGGCCCGGCCCCAGCCAGCUCCAGCCCAGUCCAGUCAGGGUCAGGCUGGCUCUCUGCAGUCAGAAGCAGCUCAGGCUAUGCUGCCAUCUGCAGCCAAACCAGCACCAGCACUCCACCCACCUCUUCAACCCGCCAGUUCUUACCAGCCUCUCCCUUCUCCCCGCCCUCCCCGGCCUACCUGGAUGAUGACGGGCUGCCGGUGCCCAUGGACGCGGUGCAGCAGCGUCUCAGGCAGAUCGAGGCGGGAUAUAAACAGGAAGUGGAAGUGCUGAGGAGACAGGUGCGCCAGCUGCAGAUGAGGCUGGAGAGACAGUACGGCAUGCCGCCCUCUGAGCCUGACGUCGACUACGAGGACGACAUUACGUGUUUGCGUGAGUCAGACGACAGUGACGAGGAGGAAAGUCUGUCGGAUCACAGCGAGGACUGCUUCUCCGAGGGCAGCUGGGACAGAGUGGAGCAGAAGGACACAGAGGUCACCAGGUGGGUGCCCGAUCACAUGGCCUCCCAUUGUUUCAACUGUGACUGUGAGUUCUGGAUGGCCAAGCGACGACAUCACUGCAGGAACUGUGGCAAUGUGUUCUGUAAAGACUGCUGCCACCUGAAGCUGCCCAUCCCAGACCAGCAGCUGUAUGACCCUGUCUUAGUGUGUAACGUCUGCUAUGACCUGCUGCUGGAGGCUAGGAACAGAGAGAUCUGCAGCCAGCAGCUCAAGAAGCCCAUCGCCACAGCCUCCAGCUGAGAGACAGGAGAGAAAGCCCCUUACUGAGUGUCCCAGUCCUGGCUCAGUCUGGCCUGGCCUAGUUCAGUUUGGCCCGGUUAGGACCUGGAUCAGCACCUUCUUGGAUCAGCUUGAGCCAUGUGCCCUGCUCCUUACUACCCUAACAUGGUCUGGUCUUGGCUGUGUGGGAAGAUGAGGAGGACUUGUGGUUGCUCUGUGGCAGGGAGGCGAAGCUUGAGAAUGGAGAGAGGCCACUGACCACUGGGGAUGAGAGACUGACUGAGGAGUGGAAGAAGAUAGAGGAUGACAGUGAAUUAACUGAGUGAGGGAGAUGGAUGAGGAAGAGUUGUUAUGGAGGCUAUCCCACUGAGUUGUGAACCCCUUUUGUCUAACACAUUUCCAGCGUGGAAGGAAGGCUGCAGCAGCCUGCUGUCCUGCCCUGGGGCUAUUGUUCUCCACUGGUGCCUCAGAUACCCCCUGAUGCCCCAUGCCACCCCCCUGCUCCUGUAGCUCCAUCUCAAACCUACCUGAAUGUCCUCCCCCAUUCUAGAGCAUCCCUCUCACACACACACACACACACACACACACACACACACACACACACACACACACACACACACACACACACACACACACACCUACUCGUCUCCAAUGACAAUCUCUCGCCCUCCCAAGUGUUGGGGACUCCAAAGCCUUUACCUGUUAAAUGGAGGCAGAUGACAACUUUAACAAGAAAAAGAAAAAAUGCUGCUACAGUAUUUAAGUCUAAUUUUGUAUUCUUAUUCUUUUGUGCACUGCAAGCUGUUUGUGUAUUUAAGGGAAUUUGAGACCAAACUCGAGCGAAAGGGAGAAAUCUGCUGUUUUACUUGCUGUUGUAUCUUUUUGUGGAGCUUGAAUGUAAAUGUUAGAAAUGAAAUGGACAAGUGUGUUGGAGUAACUGGAAGACUGACGGUAAUAUUUGAUUAUGCGGUAACACUUGACACCCAGCAACAGUUGUGACAUAUAUUGUGUUAUUUUAUGGCUGGUUAUGACACCUACAUAAGAGUAAAAACACACAAAAACCUACCACAGUAGUUAUUUUAUGGCUGGUUAUGACACCUACAUAAGAGUAAAAACACACAAAACCUACCACAGUAGUUAUUUUAUGGCUGGUUGUGAUGUUAUGUAUAUUUUUUUAAGUUGACUAUAUUUAAUGAACAUUUUAAUUUCGCACACAUUGAUGUCAGACAUGCACCUAACCCAAUGCUGAUGACUGGAUGAAUUCAGGAGAAGAUUUCAGGAGCAGGACAAAGACACCCUCUUUUUGACUGAUUUAAAGGGGAUGUAAAAUGAGCCUAUCUGGCUUAUAUGAUUAUGAUGUCAUAAUGCUUCUUGACAGUGUCAUAAAGUGUAUUUUCUCAGUCCAAGUAAAGUGACACAGGGUGGCCGUAAUGCUUCAUGACAGUGAUGAUGAUGAAAAAUAACACGACUGUAAAGAAUUAAUUACAACCUCAAAGGUUUCAAGAAACAAACAUUCAAACGAAAGGAAACAUCUUGUCAGGGAAAAAAUGAGUUUUUUUUUUUUUUAGUUGUGACACUUAUGUAGGUGUCAUAACCAGUCAACAAAUAACGAAACAGAUGUCACAACAGGUGUAAAUAUAUGGGUCAUGACAGUGUUAUGACCAUGUUAUGACAAGUGUUACCGUUUAUGUUAAUGCACAUUAGGUGGGUUGUGUAAUUUUUCAUUCCUGCAAUGUGUCAUUUAAAAAGAAUAAUAAUAUGCACAGUUAAUGUGGUUCUGCUUUCAUCAAUGCUAUUCUCAAGUCCUGUCACAACUGUUUUAACAUUAGAGGUACCCCACUAUUUGUAUCGAGAAAGGUUUAUAACAGAUAAAUAAUUGUCGUUCGGACAUGCACCUGAUCAGAGGAGUCUUAAAAAAUGAUAAUAGAAUGGCUAACCAUCCAGACAAGGAAAGUUGUUUCCGCGUUUCCAAAUAGAGGGUUUUAUGCAAUGUUGUCAUAGAGUAUGACUUGAAAGAUCACUAGAAAGAACUUGAUGGCUGUUAGCUGAUGGGAGAGGAAGGGAAUGGAGGGAUGGAGGGAUGGAGGGAGGG